GAGUGUCAGACGCAUGCGCAGCAUUGGCUAGCUAUGGAAGACCUGCUAUUGGAAAGAGCUAGGUGUCUGAUAGACAGAGAAUCUGCUCUGUCUAGUGACAUUCGGCGAAUUCUGUGUGAAACUUCAUAUGCUGAGGGUGUUAGUAAAGUACACCUCGAAGACGAACAUUUCGAUUUCUCGGUCAUUGCUAGAACUUUGUUUCUUCGCGAUAAGAGUGAGCUCGCGAACCAGCAUAAUGAUGUUUGUUGGUCUGGUUUGGCUCGCUCUCUGCUGCCGUAUAUUGAAGCUGCUCACGGAUACGUGAGUCGAGCGAGAAUGGAAGAAAUUCGUGCACAGGUUUUGCCAUUUGUUCGUUGGACGGGCAAGGACAAGGUGUUCGAACAGUGCAUUCAGUAUGUCAAAUCUACUGAUUCCAAUGAGUUUCUGUUGUGUUUACUCCUCUGGACUGCUUCACUAGAGCGAGCUCUGGGAGAUGUUUAUGUCUCUAUAUCAGGAGCUUCACAGUGCCCUCCUCUUUUGAAAGAUCUUCUUUGUACCACUGAAUUGGAGCAAGUAUUUGGAAGGCCAGCAAUGUGCUGUCUGAAAGCAAUAGUUGGAUCACCCACUGGCUUUAAUUUGAGAAAUAUUGCUUGGCACGGCUUUUUUUCAGCAGCUGAAUUACAAUGCCAGUUUGUAUCAUUUUUAUUGAUCUUGAUUGCUUCACUAGGACAUUUAUUAGAAGCAAAUGAAAUGCAAAUACGUCAUCGAGAUCUUGUGUCAUAUGUUGACAAGGUUGAUGUAGUCUCUACUGCAGUUCCACCAAUCCAUGAAAUGGAAUCAGAGUCACUGAUUACUAUUAUGAGAAAUUCUGAGAUUUUCCCAUCUCGAUUCGAAGAUACCUUCAUUUACUCCAUUGGACUACUCAAAUCUGACAGGCAACAUUGGAUUUGCAUGGUUCUGUUGCUACCACAACUAGAGCACGUUUUGAGGCGCCUGUAUGCAGUUGUCAAUGAUUGUUCAGAGCGUGUUCUUACUGCUAAGUCGUCUGUUUUAUACACAACGUUGGAUGAGAUUUUGUGCCCACUUGUUACCAAUAUGAAAUCAAACCAACUAAUGUCAAUACUGAAUUCAGCACAGCUGAAGCAAAUUUUUGAUUUGCUUACUUAUCCCGAAGGACUUCGACUGAGGGACAAGCUGAGUCAUGGGGAGGUGGAUAUUUUUAGUCUACCAGUCCAACUGACCAACUUUGUUGUCACCAUACUUGUAUCAGUAUGCUAUCAAUGGAUACCAAAGGCAAUGAAACUGUCUUCUCAGUAUUUUGGAGCAUCUGCUGAAGCAGUUUUAGCAAGCAUGGACAGCUAUGGAGUUUUAUUUCAUCCAAGUGCAUUUCUCAAGCGACAGAUUUUCAAUGCAGUUUUGAAAGGCGAAUGUUUGCAGGAAGUUGAAUUGCCAGAUGACAGUACUCCUCAUGCAUGCUUGCAGUACAUUGUUGAUGGUAACACACUGAUGGCAUGUGUCAUAGACACUAGUUGCCACAAAGUUGAAGACUUAAGCCUGUGUGCAUUAGAGAUCACUAAGACCAAGUGGACUUAUUAUAUUGGUGGCUUAGAUCACGUUGUUAACUGGUUAAAGUCAGCUGAUUUGCCAUCAUUGUACCCUACUAGAGAAUCUCUUGAAGUUGUGGGAAUUUUGAGAAGAGUGAUGGAUCACUGGUCAUGUUCAGUGGCACAGAUUGUUCACUUUGGAAAGCAGAGAAAGAGCCAGUGGUGUAAAAGAGAACUAAGAUCAAGACAGAGGCACAAUUAUGAAAGUUUCUGUAAAAGUUUUCCCAUGCUGUGUUUACUAUUACAUUGCUUACUUCUUGACGUGUGUCUUAACCUUUGUGCCAUGAUGGACGGCUGGAUACCUGAUGUUGAUUCUAUAAGGUGUGUCAAGAGUAGUUUGCAAUGUGCUGAGAAGCUUCACAUACAUACAAGCAGUAGUGCCAACAAAUGGCAUGAAGCAUGUGCUCUUUUCACUGUAUUUCAGGAAAACUUGGAGAGGCAGAAACAAACCCAACUGAAGAAACGUGAUAUUUAAUCUAAGUGGUAGUGCAUGGACAAAGAGAAGUACAAUCUCUUAACUGCCACGCUGUUACCCUAUAGCAUGGAUACGCGAAGUGCAGUGUAACAUGUAUUUUGAUUCAAGUACAGUUUACAUGUAUUUGAUUCAAUUCUUACCUUACUUUAGAACUUCUCAGUAAUUGUUGAUUUACUUACGAUCA